AAAGAGCCACGGAAUCCGCCUUCCGCACUUCACUAUUCUUUCGCUGGGAAGACUAGGCCGGCCCAGCCAAAAACGUCGUAUCGAUAUUCCGUCGAAUCGACAUCGACUUCUCGAAAAAUUCAUCGUUUCGACGUAUUUUUGGACCUCUGGUACGACCAACGACGUCGAAAUGACGGCGUUACGACAUGCCAUUUCUGGCUGGGGGGCGGCUGCCAGUGUUAGUUCGGUCGGUUGUCGGUUCGCUCUGCGGCCGUUGCGUUGCGAGCCGCGCCCCGCCAGCCGCGCCCCUCACCUCACAACGAGCGGCACGACGGGGGCGGCUGGCAGCUCGGGGCCUGUGCUCAACGUUGACUUCGAGGUCGAGGAUACUACUGUGAAGUAUAUUGAAGGACCCGCUCACACUUCUCGUAUCGUCAACAGUCGUGGCACCCUUGGAAGGAGACAACGCUGACGCUAGGCAUCUCCGUCUCGUCAGGUCUCCAUCGAAACUCGUCCACUUUCAUCAAGAGCCAUAAGAACAUGGAGCUGCUGCCGGACGAUGUGCUGGUGGAGGUGAUGAAGUACCUGGAUGUGCCAAGCCUCAUGACCUGCCGCCUCGUGUGCAAGAGGCUCGGAGGCCUGGCCCUGCACCCGGACGCCUGGCGGGACCGCUACCUCCCCGCCAGUGGCCCGGUCCCGGCGUGUGCGGUGCUGCGCCUGGCGCCGUGCCUGGAAGGGAUGUCUGUCAAGCUGCAGUCGGCGAAGUGCAUCCUGGCGUACACCACGACGAGGUGCGCCGUGUCGAGGCUGCUGCUGGAAGUGGCCGGCUCCCACGGGCUGCACGCCGCGCUGAUCAUCCGCAACCAGGAGGCGCUCGGGCGGCUCAGGUGUGUGGAGGUCGAGUUCUGCGCUCCCCGGGUGGCCCGCGCCGACGUGUCCGUGUUGUGGGGGACGGUGGCGGCCACGCGUGGCCUUGAGCAGCUCCACCUGGACUGCCCCGGCCUGACCGUCCGUCACAUGGACAGCCUCACGUCGCACUGCACCCCGCCCCGCCCGUCGCUCAAGUACAUCCAAGCAGAGCUCUCAUCCAAGUCGCAGAACUUCAACAACCUAGUGCUGUCCGCGCACGCCCCUACCUUGGAUCUUGUCCACAUCUCAAACCACUCGUACGGCCGCUGCCCGACCUCGACGGCGACGGCGACCAUCCUGGCCGGAAUGCCAAAUCUUCGACAGUUGUACUGCCCCUUGCAGCUCCCCGGGCUGGAGGCCGUGGCCGCGUGCGAGUCACUCAGGGAACUGCACCUGCAUGUUUGUGCCAAAACAGAAGUGCAAGACGUCGCCGGGGCCGCGGGCCUCCUACGCCGUGCCACCCAGCUGCGCGAGCUCAACGUGCAUUACGACUGCGAUCCUGACGAGAUCGCCUACAAGUACGGCUACGACGAAACUAUAUUCCAGGACCUGAUUGCGGAGCUAGUCCGAGCCCUGGCCUCGUCAGGACGCUCUCGCAUUGAGUCGCUGGCAGUCUGGGACCCUGACACCUUCGAGGACGACACUUUCCCCUCCCUGCGCCAGCUGCUCGCCGCGCUCCCCUCGCUGAAGCACCUGCGGCACCUGCGGCUCCAGGCGGCGCCGGACGAGCUGCUGCUGGGCAUCACGCCUGACACGGCCCCGGCCCUGCAGAGGCUCGCGCUCCGGCUGAGGAGCGUAGACUACCCCCCGUGCGCACACGCCUGGCUGCACAGGGACGCAGUCAAGCAGGUGCUGUCUGUCAACCCGUCGUUGGAAUUAUUUGUUACUCCCAUGCGGCUCUACUGUUCCCAGGGAGCCUGCGUGGCGUGUGCUCUUGGCUGCCACUUGCGGCUGUGGGACAGCAUUCAAAAAGAGUUUUGUCUUUUUGAUGACGAAUGGAUUCUAAUUCCACGUGGUUAACUUUGCCUGUAAUAACGCUAUAAGUCUCUACAGAUUAUUGUUAAAAAAAACUUCUGUUCUGUGCAUCUUUUUGCUGUAGAUAAUACAUGUUCCAUCUUUUUUUU